AAGAGACAUAGGUUGGCUGUUCAGACUUUAAAACUAUGCAUUUAAUUGCUAAAUUAAAUUUUUUUAUUAGGACUGGAGAACUAUUUCCAAAAUGGUACCUCUUUAUUGAAACGUAUCUUAAAAGAGGUCAAAACAGAAUAUAACCUAAAAGAAAAUAAGUAUAAAAGGUCAUUUAAUUGGAUUCUUUAAUACAGUUUCUGAUGCACUGCACAUGGACUUCAUGGUAUAAAAGUAGCCUACUAUCUCAACGUGUUUACGCUAACUACCUGCUGCGUUUAGUAGCAUGAUACUGUAAGUUAUCUUCGGUAAAUAAUACGUUAGUCAUGCUUUUAAAACACUGUCUCUGUACUGUACAGCAUGUAAGGUCCUAUUUCCCCUUCAAAAUGUGUAUCCCCACAUAUUUUACUAUAAAUAAAAAAAUAAUUAGACUUGUCUUAAUAACAAAAUUUGCCACAUUUACGACCUUUAAAACAAAUACCACAAAAGAUAAACGACAUGGAUACAGUAGGUUUGUAAAAGGUCUCACCUCUUCCUGCAAUGGUAAAGGAGGACCCAUAUAAUUAAUUACAAUCAAAGGGAAAUGACUUGACUGUGUAGUCUCAUGAAAGUCACACCUCUGAUUGGAAUGGCCUGCAGCUGCUAAAAGAUAAGCAGGAGCUCAGCUUACCAAGUCAGCUAAGUGGCACGACACCAUGUGAGAACUGCAGGGUGGUAAGUGAAUAAAAGUCUUCAUUGCUUCCUUGUUUGAUCUGGGAUCAAAACAAAUAUUAAGGAGUACCCUUCAAGGCCCACUUCAAUCCAUCCAAACAAGUUUUACACAGUUAUUUUUACACUCAAGAAAUUGACAGCAAAGUUAGAGGAAGGAUAUUAAACAAAAUGUUGUUAAUGAAAGAGUUAUUUUUGUGUGCAGGUUUCCAUAUCUGAAGAUGGCAAUGAUGGCAGUUUGGGCAGCAGUGCUAUUGACAUACGGAGCCUGUAUAGGAGUUGCAAAGAUGUCUGCAGAACCUGGGUUAAAAGUUCCACUGGAUUUAGCUCUAAAUGCUAUUGAUGACAUGUACACUGGCUGCAAAGACAAGAUGGAGUACAAAGUGAAGAAGGAGUACCUGCCUAAUGAGAAAAACAAAGACAACAAUUUCACCCUGGCCUGGGGUGAAGCAGAAAAAUACUACAACAAAAAAUGGAAGCGUAAAAAGGGAAAGUCACCUUCUACCUCCCUGGGGAAAGAACGGAUCAUGGCUAUUUAUGUUUAUACCCUCGACAAACCAAAAAUCUAUCUUGAUUUCAAUAAGGCAGUUCGAACCCAGAAACCUAAGUACAAGACCACAUUCAGGUAUCACACACUUCACUUUUUCCUGACUGAUGCCCUUCAAACUCUCAACACUCGCAAACCUGAAGCAGAAAGGUGUCUCACUGGCUUCCGCAGGGUCAACAGCUACUUUAGCCAAGAUGUUCUCAACAAGUUGAUUCGCUUUGGUUCUUUUACCUCCAGCUCAAUGGGCUGGUACCCUAGCGCUGAAAGAUUUGGAGAUAAGUCAUGCUUUGAGAUUGUCACAUGCUCUGGGGCAGACGUCUCGCUGUACUCUAAGCUUGGGGAGUCAGAGAGAGAAGCCCUGAUUCCUCCUUAUGAGGUCUUUAAAGUCACAAAAAUAGACAGGAGAUCUGACCAGAAGAGUCUUCCAUGUGAGGUGGUUUACAAAGUGAAAAGCGCAGGAAUAACUCUGUCCAAUAUGAACUGUGCUCUUUUCUGAGAUAAGUAGUCUUACACAUUUGACAAACUAUUCAUUUCAUUCAUUUGUAGAUUUAAAAAAAGGCAUGAUAUCAUUUUGGCUACUAGUGACAGUGUCAGUAUUAAUAUUUAAAUGACUAAAUCUUUAAAAGCCAGAUGUGAAGAGUCUGGGUAAACUUACUUAAACAUCUGUAACUAUUAUAAUGCAGCCAUGUUCUUAUCCAUGUUAUCUGCAUCUAGAUAAAUUGAGUGCAACAAAGAAAAAUCAAUUGUCCAACAAUCCUGUCAAACUCUGUGAAAAAUGUAAUAAAAUGCCUUUGUGUUUCACAAA